GUUGUUGAGUCAAUGACGACAUGCUCCACUAAUUUCCCGGCGCUGUAACAUGUUUGUAGUUCAUGUUCCAGGCAACGCGCUAUAGGCUGUUAACUACAUUAGGCAUCUAGCUUGCUAACUAGGUAUCGGUGACUGCUCAUCUGCUCCGGACGCCCAAGACUGGGGAAAUAAAAGUAGUCCGUUUUUUCGAAAAUCAUGAACAAUUGCGAAUACCAACAAAUCGAACCGCUGUCACUUCCGACUCCAACCCCGCGACCCGCAGUUGUAGAAGAGGAGGAGGAAAAGGCACGGAGAAAAUGGGAAGUUUUCCCCGGAAAGAAUCGCUUCUACUGCGAUGGACGGCUCAUCGUGGCCCAACAAAGCGGUGUCUUGCCACUCACCCUCGGCCUCAUUCUGGUCACCACCGUACUGUUCUUUGUAUUUGACUGUCCCUUCCUGGUGAAGCACCUGACUGUGUUCAUCCCAGCGAUUGGAGGAGUUCUGUUUGUGUUCGCUGUCAUCUCUCUCCUGCAGACCAGCUUCACUGACCCUGGCAUCCUACCCCGGGCCACGCCGGACGAGGCCGCGUACAUUGAGAAGCAGAUCGAUAACUCUGGCUCUUCCACCUACCGACACCCUCCCCGCACCAAGGAGGUGGUGAUCAACCAGCAGGUAGUGAAGCUCAAGUACUGUUUCACCUGCAAGAUGUUCCGGCCACCGCGCACCUCCCACUGCUCCCUCUGUGACAACUGUGUGGAGCGAUUCGACCACCAUUGUCCCUGGGUGGGGAAUUGUGUUGGGAAGAGGAACUAUCGUUUCUUCUACACCUUCAUCGUCUCUCUGUCCUUCCUGACAGCCUUCAUCUUCGGCUGCGUCGCCACACACCUCGCACUGAGGGCACAAGGGGGGAGAGGCCUUAUUUUUGCUCUUCAGGAGAGUCCAGUCAGUGCUGUGGAGCUGGUGAUUUGCUUCUUUUCAGUUUGGUCCAUAUUGGGCCUCUCAGGCUUCCAUACCUACCUGGUUGCUUCUAACCUGACCACAAAUGAAGAUAUCAAAGGCUCGUGGUCGGGGAAGAGUGAGGCGGAGGACACCGGUAACCCCUACAGCUAUAACAACAUCCUGACUAACUGCUGCUCUGUACUCUGUGGGCCCAUGCCUCCCAGUUUGAUUGACAGGCGAGGCUUCGUACCAGUGGAGCAGUCAUCGCAGACAGUUUCCAUGGAGAUGGUGCUGCCCAUGCCGGCUGCUAAGGAGAUUAAAGUGGUAGGAGGGCCCACGCCAUCCCAGCUGGCCCCCUCCCGUGCCUUGCAGGUUCUCCUCCCCUCUACCUGCAACCCCCCUCAGCCUGACUGGCAGACCCCAGUUUAGUUGCCUGUUCUAACACUGUUUCCUGACUGGCUGUUGUGUAUGGGGUCACCCUCUCAUGACAGUCUCAGACCAGUGUACUGUAUUACUGUUGGUCAGGAUCCAGUACAGACCAGUGUACUGUAUUACUGUUGGUCAGGAUCCAGUACAGACCAGUGUACUGUAUUACUGUUGGUCAGGUCUAGUACAGACCAGUGUACUGUAUUACUGUUGUUCAGGAUCUGGUAUUCAGGACAUUACAUAUGGUGGUGUUUCCUGUUCCUGGUAGCCCAGUCUACACCAGACUGUUCGUUGUUUACCGCUGAAAAGACCAUCUCUGGAACAAGGAAGUGAAACCGCCUGCUAGGCCAUGUUUGACCUGGGUGUAGCUCAACCGUUAGUUACUCACGUCAUUCCGUGCCUUAACGUUAUAACCAGGCAACUCAGGGUUAUGUCUUUCAGUGAAAGGGGAACCCAGCCUAUCUGAUUCAUCCACUUCCUAGCUUGGUUAGAGGUUGAGCCGUUGUUGUUUUGAGGUUCAGGAGAAACUUUAAUACUAGGGAGUUUAUUAGAACAUGUUUGUCUCCAAAGUGUGACUGCCACUGGGCUAUUUAGUUCUGUCUUAUGGUAGUGGCUCUCUCCAACCCGUCAGACUGUCUGCCUCUUCCAAACCAACAGGCCUUUCUGCUGUUUACAGUCAAGCAAUAUACAGACAAGCUGACGUAACCUUGGUUUACUUUAAGGAUACAAGGGCUCAGUCUUGUCUGCUGGGAGUUUGCAUAUUAUAUAUAUUUUUGCACAGAAGGAGUUAGACCAUAGACUAUGUUCAGUAUUUAUACUUUUUAGCAAAACACAUGUUGGUAAUGGAAGUGGUUACUGCUGAGAAUGUACCUGUAACAAACACAUGUUGGUAAUGGAAGUGGUUACUGCUGAGAAUGUACCUGUAACAAACACAUGUUGGUAAUGGAAGUGGUUACUGCUGAGAAGCGACUUACAGGAGCCAAUAGGUUUCAGUGGUUUGUUGUAGUGUAUUCUAAACAGAUGUUGUUUUCCAGAGCGACUUACAGGAGCCAAUAGGGUUCAGUGGUUUGUUGUAGUGUAUUCUAAACGGAUGUUGUUUUUCCAGAGCGACUUACAGGAGCCAAUAGGGUUCAGUGGUUUGUUGUAGUGUAUUCUAAACGGAUGUUGUUUUCCAGAGCGACUUACAGGAGCCAAUAGGGUUCAGUGGUUUGUUGUAGUGUAUUCUAAACGGAUGUUGUUUUUGCAGAGCGACUUACAGGAGCCAAUAGGUUUCAGUGGUUUGUUGUAGUGUAUUCUAAACGGAUGUUGUUUUCCAGAGCGACUUACAGGAGCCAAUAGGUUUCAGUGAUUCGUUGUAGUGUAUUCUAAACGGAUGUUAACUGCUCGGGUACCUGCUGCCCUCCAGUCUUCAUCUCUUACUGGUUUCUUAUGCUUUUACAUUGUUUUAUUUGUCUUUUAAAUAUUUGUCAUUUUGGAAUAUAUUAAGUCCAUCUGAAAUGUACUGUAUUAAACAUUGCAUUUAAAAAAAUAAAAUAAAUGCACUUAUUCCCAAA